AUGAUGGAGAAUGAAAAGGAAGAAAAGAAAAAAGAGGUGGAGUGUGUGUAUCCAGAUGGUGGGUACGGUUGGGUCAUAGUGUUUGCCAUUGUAUUGAUAAAUUCAACAUUGAUGAGUUUGGUCCAAUUCUUCGGAAUAAUUUUCCAUGAUGAGUUUGCUUCCAUGGGAAUAUCAGCCGCACAAACAUCAUUUCUUCUUCACCUUCACAGUUCAAUGUACUGUGUUGUAGGUUUUGUUAGUAGCCCGUUGCUCAAAAAGUAUAAUUUUCAAGUGGUGGCUGUCCUAGGUGCCUUUUUCUGGUGUUUGGGUAUUCUGAUCACUAGUUUUGCUGAUUCGUACUCGCUUUUGAUAUUUUCUGUAUCACUUCUUAUAGGACUGGGUCAAGGAAUCUUGCUGCCUGCAACAUACCUCGCCACAUACUCAUACUUCAAGAAAAGACUGACUCUGGCUGUAAGCAUUUCGACCACUGGCGCCAGCCUGGCGUCCAUUUUCAUGCCGAAAGUGUGCGAUAUUUUGCUGGCGCGUCUGGGCAGGCGCAACACCGUCCUAGUAUUAUUUGCGAAUUCGCUUUUGUCGUUGGUGGGUGUAUUCCUUCUGAGACCGGUGAGGAGGAAUGAUCCGGUUGUGGUGAACGAAUCGCAGAAGAUGAAGGAAUUGGAGGAACUGAAGAGAUCUGAAGAUGAGACAAUUAAUUGCGAUAUGAUGGUGAAGGAAAAUACACGAGAUCAGCUGUUGACCUCCAACGUAUACAACGAAACGACGCUACCCUGCGCAAAACCCAAAAACGGCCUGCUCACCAAACUCUACGAUCUUUUCGACCUCGACCUCUUCAAGCACCUCCCCUUCAUUCUGGUGGUGGUCGGCCUUGGAAUAUCUUUUUCGGCCGAGCUAAACGUCAUCUUGAUGAUGCAGUUUCUGCUGCCGGAACUGUCGAAUUUCACGAGGUCUGACGUGGCGAACGUGACUUCGUUCCAGUUCGCUUUCGAUAUCGUCGGGAGGUUGCUGGUGCCGUUUUUGGGGUAUAGGUUGGAUGUGGCUCCCAAGUUGAUGUAUAUGGGGGCUUUGGUGCUGGCGACUUUUGCCAGAACAGUUCUUGCAGUUUUCGGCGAGUCCUUUGGAGUAGUUUACUUCUCCUGUUGUUUGAUCGGUCUGACAAAGGGCACCAGAGCGGUGUAUCAAUCGGUGAUAAUUCCGAAAAUCGUGCCUCUGGAAAAAAUUCCUGCUGCCAAUGGCAUCAACAUGUUGUUCAAUGGAGGCAUUUCGCUGGUGCUCGGACCCAUAAUAGGUGCCAUCCAUGAUGCAGCUGAAUCGUAUGUACCUGCUCUACAUACUGCUUCGGCCUUAUCAUUCACUUGUGUCAUUUUAUGGGUAUUGGACAGUAUAUUUCGCAAGAAGAAAGCAGUGAUUCCGGAUCUGUAA